UGCCCAAACAAAUGACUGCAUUGUGAGUCCUUUGUCUCCUUCAACCUCAUUUCAAUUCUCUCUCCCAUUCUUCAUCGUCUCCUCCUUCUUCCCUUUUCUUUCUCUGCACUCCAUCCACCCCAUCCCCUCUUUCCAUCUUUUCAAAACCCAUCAUCCCUCUCCUUUCUUCUCCCUUUUUUAUUUCCACACUCCCCUUAAAAUAAGCCAACACUGUUCUUAACCCAAAAAAAAAAGAGAAAAGGAACACUCUACUAUAUAUAUAUAUAUAUAUUAACAUAAUAUUUCUCCAUAGUAUAAUCAUUUGUUUUCUGUUUUCUAAUACAUACGACCUUUUUUUCUCCAAACCUUAUAACUUGUGCUGUAUCUUAUAUAUAUAUAUUUCAUUCUCUCUCUCUCGUUGAUGUGUCUAUGGCUGGUUUGGAUUUAGGAAGCUUUGUUCAAAACCUUCACAGACCGGACUUGCACUUGCAGCAGCACCACCACCGGGACUCGGAGGAGCAAGAGAGCACUCCACCGAACCGCGGAACGGGGGCGUUUGAUGAGGAUGACCGAAGCCAAGGCCUGGAGCUAGCUUCGGGGGGACCCGGCGACGUGGUGGGGCGGCGUCCACGUGGGAGGCCGCCGGGGUCCAAGAACAAGCCGAAGCCGCCGGUCAUAAUCACCAGAGAGAGCGCCAACACGCUCAGGGCGCACAUCCUCGAAGUCGCCAGCGGCUCCGACGUCUUCGACUGCGUCACCCCCUACGCGCGCCGCCGCCAGCGCGGGAUCUGCAUCCUCAGCGGCAGCGGCACCGUCACCAAUGUCAGUCUCCGGCAGCCCGCGACUGCCGGAGCCGUCGUCACGCUGCACGGGCGGUUCGAGAUUCUCUCGCUCUCUGGCUCGUUCCUGCCGCCGCCGGCUCCGCCGGGGGCGACGAGUCUGACGAUAUACCUGGCCGGCGGUCAGGGGCAGGGGGUCGGAGGGAGCGUGGUGGGGGAGCUGACCGCGGCGGGGCCGGGGAUUGUGAUUGCGGCGUCGUUUACGAACGUGGCUUAUGAGAGGCUGCCGUUGGAGGAGGAGGAGCAGCUUCAGAUUCAGCCACCCGCUACGACGUCGUCUCAGGGCGUUUCGAAUAACAACGCAAACCCUUUCCCUGACCCUUCUUCGGGGCUUCCUUUCUUCAAUUUGCCGCUUAAUAUGCAGAAUGUUCAGUUACCCGUGGAGGGUUGGGCGGGAAACAACGCACCUUCACGUCCUCCACCACCUUUUUGAGUCUUCUUUUCAACCACACUACUCAAGAUGUUGAUCCAGGGUUUAUUGCAACUCCUUAUAUUAUAAGGUCAGCAAAUUCAUCGAUAUAAAAUUAUAUCAUAUAUAUGAUGCUUCUUCUUCCUCUUCUUCUUCUUUUUAAUUUUUUUCGUUGUUGUUAAUUAAUGGAUAUGGUGGUGAUUAUGUAGCGGGGUUCACUCUUGUAAGUCACUCAUUGGAUUCUGAUUUCAUCUCUUUCGGAUUUUACCUAUUUUCCUUGUCCAUUAUUAUAAUAUGGAACACUGUAUAACUUAAUUAACUAGUAGCUUUGUUUUAUAUGUGUGCUACAUUUCUUUUUCCUGUUUGA